CAGAAGCAAAGAGGAUUCUGGAAAGGUCUCUGUGUCCCCCCCCCUCCUUUUCCACUGAAAAUUGCAUGAAUUUUUAAAGCUUUAUGGUUAGAAACCUGGAGAAUUACAAUAGGAGGCAUUUUUAAAACGUGGUCCUCUUGGCUGGAUGCUGUGCUUUGAUAUGUCCCUCCCUUCUUUACCAGAUGAUUGUCAAAAUAGAGUGCCAUGCUGUGUAAGCAACAGGAGUCUUCAGAAUUAUGGCCUGGAUUUUAGAGGCUGGGAGAGUUGCCCUGAAGUUCAUGUAUACCACAAUGGCCAGAAUUUGCUGACAGAAGAAACAUUCUGUACAAGUCUUAAGGAUGGGAUGUUUUGACUUCAGUUUGUGGGAUGAAGAGACAGUUUUGUAGUUUGCAACUAAAACAUAUUCCACCUGAAGAAAUAUACCUGCAGGAUUGGUGACUCUGUUUCAAGAUCUGACAUAGCUCAUAAAUAUAAAGGUCAUUCUUAUGCAAUAGACUAAAAGUAACUUAAAUGUGCAGGAUGAAAAAAUGGCACAGGCACGGCUGGUACCACCAGGACCUGACAGCUUCCGUUAUUUUACUAGAGAAUCUCUUGCAGCUAUUGAAAAACGUUGUGCAGAGGAGAAAGCUACGAAGCCCAAACAAGAUCACGCAGAUGAUGAUGAUGAAAAUGGCCCCAAGCCAAAUAGUGACUUGGAAGCAGGAAAACCGCUUCCAUUUAUAUAUGGAGACAUUCCUGCGGGAAUGGUGUCCGAACCUUUGGAGGAUCUGGACCCUUAUUAUAGCAAUAAAAAAACCUUCAUAGUAUUGAAUAAAGGAAAGGCAAUUUUCCGAUUCAGCGCCACAUCUGCCUUGUACAUUUUAACUCCUUUCAAUCCCCUCAGAAAAAUUGCUAUUAAAGUUUUGGUACAUUCAUAUCCUUUUGAAUAUUGUCGAAUGGUAAUUCUAGAUUUAUGA